AUGGAGGAACUAGCGUUUGAACCCGACACCUCCAACGGCGAGAACUUCAUACAGCCCGAAAGGCAAGAGUGGAUUCUUAUUGAGGAUGACAAUGCACGCAUCGUGCAGCAGCUGGUGGAUAUGGAAGAUGGAUGUGCUCGGACCAUGGGCGCCUCCGGUUCCAACUGCUCGUGCAAUUGGUGCAUUUCUCAGCAGCCUCCCUCUCCUUGGCUCACGGAAAGGACGCAGAGAAUAGAGGUGGCCAUGGUUUCCUUCAACGCGGAGUACGGGCUGCUCACACUGACAGGGGUUAACCUUUGGAUAGCCCGAGGGGGUCGCAUCCGCAAGCGUGUGGAGCUGAUGUCUCUCUGGAUCAACUUUUCUCAGCCGACGGCUGAGAAUCUUCCUGCCAUUGUGUUUGCCGGCGUCUGGCUGUUGUGCUUGCUCUACAUCUUUGUGAAUGAGCUCAUCGAGAUUGUUUCUGCCAUUCGAAGUGCAGAAGCCAGAUGGCAUCGUGCUUUACUCGAGGACUACAUCGGGCUUUGGAAUGUGGUUGACUGGCUGUCAAUUUCGGUAGCCGUGGUGGUGUUGGUUCUAUGGUUUGGCCUCGCCACAGAGGCGUCAAACCUGCAGCAACAACUUGGCUUCUUGCAGACUCAGGAUGCAGCCCUGCAGCGGGCUGUGCGGUUGGGUCACGUGGCUGCUUUUUACGAGGCGGUUGAAGCAGUCUGCACAGAAGAGAAGCGCUUCCGCUUGAUUCUGUGCUUCUAUCCGAUGCUCCUUCUGCUCCGACUGUUCAAAUCCUUCGCGGCACAGCCGCGCCUCGCCGUCGUCACAGACACCAUAAAGUUGGCUUCUCAAGACCUUCUGCAUUUUGGCACCCCGGCUUGCAUGAUGUGUGCAGGAUCCACAGCCGCACCACAAACGGCAGCACGGGUGAAUGCGGGUUUCGCAUGGAACAAGUUUGGACGAUGCGUUCAUGGUCGACUCGGCGUUGUUACGAUCGUAUAA